AUGGACAUACUUUGUUACCUGCUGGUUGUAGUUGUGUUCAUCGUUCAGACGGCUGGAACUUCUGCUCAAUGUUUACGCGGGUGUAGCUGUGUAGAAGACCGCCAUGGAAGGUAAGACCUGAGUCCUUGUAGUCCUGGAUAGACCGAGUCAGGGGUAUUUUUAACUGCGUAACUGUGUCAGAGGAUGACGGUAGAAGAAUUAAAGACAUACGGUGAAGCCUUUAAGAAAACUGUUUGGCUAUAAGUAAUUAAAAGAUAAGGUUAAACUGGUAAUUUGAUCUAAGUUGAUAGAACCAAUAAUGGUUUAUCAAUGAUUGAAUGUCCACUUAAACUCUUCCGUCUGAUCACAGGUCGCUUGUUUGUAUGGAGGAGAGCGCGUUUGGGGCCAUUCCAGAGAACCUCCCGGGUGAUAUGAGCAAGAUCCGAAUAGAAAAAUCCCACUUCACUGAAAUACCCAGAGGAGCUUUCUCAAAAACACCCGCCUUAGAGAACCUGUGGUUGAACUUUAAUGACAUUACAGUGAUCAACUCAAAGGGCCUGGAAGGUUUGGGGAACUUAACCGAGCUGCGUCUACAGGGAAACAAGCUGCGUUCAGUACCAUGGACAGCGUUCGAGGACACACCGGCCCUCAAGAUCCUGGACCUGAAGCACAACCAGCUGGACGUCCUGCCGGAGCAUGCGUUAAAAUAUCUACCGGGUCUGACAUACUUAGACUUGUCUUUCAAUCAGCUCACGGUAAUAUCCAAGGAGGUGUUUCAAAACUGGCCCCUGUACCAAAAACUGCAGAGCAUGGAGGAGCGGGAGGUGAGCGUUUCCGGGCCGAACGUCGUCCUGGCGCUCCACGACAACGCGUGGCUCUGCGACUGCCGGUUGAAGGGCUUCGUGGAGUUCAUCAGGUCUCUAAGCCCCCCGAUUAUUCUGAUGAACUCUUACUUGACCUGCUCAGGGCCGGACUUUAGGGCAGGAAAGUUUUUCCACGAGGUCGAGCUGCAGGCGUGCGUCAAACCCAUCGUGUCCACGCAGUCUGCAAACAUCAGCCUGCCCCUUGGAGCCAACGUCACCCUGCGCUGCCUCGCCAAGGCCCGGCCGGACCCGGCGGUGUGGUGGACAUAUGGUCUGAAGAUAAUCAGAGGAUUUCAUGGUAAGAGUGUGAUUCCCAUAUCGACUAAUAUCUCGAUACUUAAACCCACCUUUGAUCUAUAACACUUUCCCAGGAUGAGGGUCAAUCUGCAUGUUGGCCCACAACACCAUCAGUGUUGAUUAAGAGUGUUGGAGGUUAGCGUAAACUGCAGAUUACAGUCAGCGCCCUUCUGGGGGCCUGUUGUAUUAUCUAGUAAACAUACUGUAUCCGUCAUGGCAUUGAACCUUACUACAGAUCAUGAUUGCAAGUAUCAAUCAGUCCAUCACAAACUAAAUCUGAUACUGCUGUCAAUAUCUGCUCUACUGCUGCAAGCUAUCAUCUCCGAUCACUGCUAAUACAAAAGCAAGUGUAGUGGAGUUAAACUUGAAUAAAAGGGCUUUAUCCUGACAACAUGGGCUUGAAAAUAGAGACAAAUACAGGCCUGUCAUUCAAAUAAAGAGAAACAACACAGCCUUUCCAUAAUAAAAAUGAGUAUUUAUCCCUCUUUGUGGGCUACAAAAGACAAACAAGACCAUCAUCAUCAACAUUUGCCUUGCCUUUAAAGUUGUUUUUAGUGUCUUAAACUGCUGCUUCUGGGGGCAUAGAUAGGUGUCUUUCACAGUUUGCUGCAGAAACAACAUUUUCUAUGUAUGUAUGUAUAUAUACAGUAUAUAUAUAUAUAUAUAUAUAUAUAUAUAUAUAUAUAUAUAUAUAUAUAUAUAUAUAUAUAUAUAUAUAUAUAUAUAUAAAUUCAACAAAGCCAUACUCAGCACUGCUUUGUGCUCAGGGAGGCCAAAACUGACAAAUGAUACAACUUAAACUAAACUCUUGAACUCUUAAAUAAGUAAAGGCUUACACAGGGAAGUAUUUAAGCAUCAUAUUAGAUUGAUUUUAUUACAGGUCGUCAAGACAACAUUAUAAAAUUCUAAACACCCUCAAGGGUCUAUUCAUCACCCAAGUUACUGGUGACUUAUGGAGGAAAAGCACUCUGCUGUCCUGUUCAUACUUUACAUUAUUCCAGUCCUUAACCUGGAUCAAAAAAGUCAAGCAAGCAAGACAGAUGGAUAAAUAAACAGAUAAAAUCCAAAUUAAAUUAUGCCUAUAUAAAAAGUUUCAUUAACUGUGCAAAAUAAGCAUUGAACAUGCAACAAGUUAAAAACAAUGCAAAAUCAGAUUUAAACUUGUGCCAGAUUAAAAUUAAACAAGUAUAAAAUUUAAGAGAGAUCUUUGCUAUAAAGCUUCACAACUUCAUAGAUGGAGUGCAAAUUUUUCCACAAUUAUUAAACAAUGUGCACAAACAUUAAGGUGUAAAUGUGAAAUAUUUAAAGACCAAAUAAAUUGAAAUAAUAUGUACAAUGGCAGUGCUUUAAGGCUGGAGUGGGUAUUGCAGUUGCACAUAAUUCCUUAAUUGAGAUGGUUUUACUUUCACAUAAGCUUUUGCUUUUUGAAAGUAUGUCUAAUCCACUGCACCUCUACAACUGUGUUUGUUGAAGGUAUGUCUUUUUUAUUUUACCGGCAUGUGAGGCUUAAUGCACAGACAUACUCUAAUUUGUGAAAUUGUUCGUUUUUUCAACUUUGUAAUUAGAGGAAUAAUUCACAAGAGAACAUGGGAAUGGAGUUCUUUUCUCUAAGCUAAAAUAGAAAAUGAAACUGUACAUCUGUGUUUUCUCAGAGUCUCUGGAGAGAGUGGAUGAGGACACCAUCAGAUCUCUGUUAGUGAUCCCCUCCCUGCAUGCAGCAGACCGGGGCGUCUACACCUGCACUGCUGUCAACUUCAUUGGAAACUCCUCUGUCAGCGUCCAGCUGGACGUGCGCUCUCCUGAUGGCUCCCAGUCCUCCCUCCUCCCUGGUGUACCUGCUCCACCUGCUGCUGGGGAUGAAAAUGUCUACAUUGACAUCCGCAUCGCCAAGCAGACGGUGCGCGGUAUCUCCAUUGAGUGGUUUGCCGCUCUGGACCACCCGGCUGAGACCUGGUUCACCAUCCACUUUGGCCGUGCGGAUGAUGAUAAGAAAGAAAUGAUCUACAUCGGUCCAGGGAUCCACACUUACUCAGUCUCUGAUCUGAUGCCUGCUACCAAAUAUGAAAUCUGUGUCACCCUCAAGAACCAGGCGCUACGACCCGGCCAGUGCAUUGUGUUUGUAACAGGAAGUGACAUCACAGAAAUGGAGCAGAGGGAGAAGCUGAUUCACAUAGUGGUGAUAGUUUUGGCCAUGGUGCUGGCUGUACCUAUCGGUAUGUACGCCUGCACCACGGACACUAAGUUUGCCUGCCUGGAGGUGAUCAUGCAGACCUGGAAGAACAGGCGGAGAGAGAGCAGCCCGCCGGGGAUGGAGCGGGAGAGACAGGGCACCUUUGACAGCCUGCAGGCAGCCAGCGACGAGGGCCUGGUUAAUAAAGAUUCCUCUGAGGACAGGAAGGUGAGAAGGAGAUCAGAUGACAGACCGUAUAAAGGCAAGGCUGAUCCCAGCAGAAUCACAGCAGAACUGUAUUAAUGUGCUUUAAAUCAAGAAAGGAAAUCCUCAAACUGAUCUCAUAACAAAAGCAUUUUCCUUCUCUGUCUCACUUAAUGGAAAUCAAAGUAGAUCCAUCCAGUCAUAUCUGCUGUGUUUAUAUAACAUCAAUAUUCACAGAACAAUGACAUCAUUUCCUGCCUUGGUUUUAAUCUUAUCUCUUCCUCUGUUCUAGGCCGAGGAGUUUGUUGCAAAGAUGUGAAUGAUGACCGUUAUGUCAAGAUUGUAAUUCAAGGAUUUGCACCACUGUAGAGAAUGUGCUGCAGUCUGUUUCUGUACCAAGUAUGACAUUUGUUUUUAAUCAUCCAGGCCUCAUAUACAAGUGACUGCUGUGUAUGAAGCUUUUCCAGUCUUUGAAAUCAAGGAAUUCUCUCAAUUACAUCUUAAAAGUUCAUUUUUUAAAGUAUUUUAUAAAGCGUAUAGUUAACAUGUAUGUUGACAUGUGCUAGCACUUAAACACUCUUUUAUAAACUUUAAUAUUUAUUUAUUUACCCGAUCAUUCAUU